AACAUCAAAUACAAUACUUGGAUAUGUUGUAAAAUUAUAAUUCUAAAGUUAGUAUUAUCAUAAUGUGCGUCGUGUCGUUAACUGCUUUGGUGUGAAGAUGAACUAAGGACCAGUAAAGAAAACUUGAGCAUGAAUCCCUACACACAAUGCGUUUUAUUUAAUAUUUUAUUUCUCACAUCCAAUGGCUUGACUAAUAAUGGCGUUGAGCAAGUUUUAGGUAACUGGAUGGAGUGGUCACGGUGGACAUCUUGCUCAGAAAAGGAGUAUUGUCUUGAAGGAAUACGAGAACGGAAUCGUGACUGUGAAAAUAAUAAAAGAUGCGUUGGUAUUGAAGCAGAAGCUGAGAUGUGCCCACAUGUACUUUGUAAAGGUCGAGUGAAGAAACUAGACACGAAACAUGCAGAUAUACAUUCCUUUAUUGCGGAAGAGUGUUCUACUACGACAAAAUAUCUAGUGACAGGACGAUAUAGCUUUUUAAUUAGACAUAACAUCACUAGAAUGUUUCCACUCACCAAAGAUAUCAUCGAAAACAGUUACUUUAACGUAAAAAUCACGCCAAAGACUUUAUCAUCAGAGUAUGAUAUUUACCGGUACUGCUUUGAGCCUGAGGAUCGAAGUAUUUCUUUGGAAUACUUAAAGAGUGUUAUGUACUCUGGUUCUUUGCGUUUUAAAUACGCUUCUCUUCAAUGUCCAUUAAAAGAACCUGUGAAUCCUACUUAUGUGUCGGGUUUCGUGUUGGGGUUUUAUUCAAAUGGUGCUCACUAUGGAUUAUACAUACAAGUAAAAGACAAAUAUUCCUUUAAAGUUGUUUACUAUAAGCACAUGCGAGGCUCUCGUACCGAUGCCUACAAUCUUAUCUGGGACUAACAUCACAACAGUUUUUUGGAGAAAGAUUUAUUUCUACGUUAUAACACACACAAAACGAAAAUAUUUUUAUUCCAAGUGUAAAAA